AUUAGAGGUGUAAUUACCUGUUUACAUCCAGUUUGGGGGCCUGAUCUACCUGCUACUAACCUGUUGGACUUUCUCUGACUCUUAAUACAUAGGGAGCAUGGCAUGCAACAGGGUCUCCACUGAUAUCAUAUUGUAGGAAAAUCAUAUAUGCUUAUGUCUUAUUGACUUCCACUUACACACAGUCGCCUUUCUUUGCAGAAAAUCUGCAUAACUGAUUAAAAAAAAAGGAAGGGGGAAAAUGCUUUGUUAUUCCCGACUGCUUUGAAAUGAACACCAAUUUUCUCCCGUUAACUCCUCCCCCAGCUAAAUAGCUCAGUGGUUUGAUGUUAAGUACAGCAACCCAUGACAGCAUGAAUGCAACAGUUUCCAUUGACAUGGAGCAUGAGGCUAACAUUGGUGGGGAACAUCACGGGUGGAACAGACUACAACAAUUUUCUGGUCUGCUGCUCGUCUCUCAUGAUCUCCUGGCAGCGGCAACGGGCGCUUUACACACGCAUCCUUUGGAGGCAAGCAAAGUGAAUAGAGAUUCAAAUAAGAGAGGAGGGCGUGACCGACGACGACGGACAGAGGCCUCUGGCUGUGUUUGUGUGCGUGACCUGGUGGGACUUUGAUGGGACAUUGAGCAAUGCUGGAUGAGCAGCGACAGCAGGUUGGCAGUAGGGGACGGUGCUCCAGCAUCCGCCCCCCUGUCCUCCCCCUCGUUCUUCUCCUCUCCUUUGCAACCCAUUCCAGCCAAGCAGCCAUACACAUUCCAUCCAACUACCACAUAAGUGACCUCAAGAGGCCUCCAGUCAUCACCACUCAGCCGGGGUCUGUCACCGUCUUCAGCGUUGAAGACCUCGUCAUGACCUGUGAAGCUUCAGGAAACCCUCCUCCCAUUUUCCGAUGGACGAAAGAUGGAGAGGAGUUUGAUCCAGGCACCGACCCUGAGCUGAAGGUGACUGAGCGCUCCGGUUCAUUCGCCUUCUACACACUCAGUAACACGAUGGACACCAUGAAGCAGUACCAGGGCAAAUAUGUGUGUUACGCAUCCAACGAGCUUGGGACGGCCGUCUCCAGUGAGGCCAUACUCAACACAGAUGUCCCACCAACUCAGCAGAAAGAGAAAAAAGUGAAUGUGAAAUCUGAGGAAGGAAGCAGUAUUGUUCUGCAAUGUAACCCCCCACAGAGCUCGAUGGAGCCUAUCAUUCACUGGAUGGACUGGAAGCUCCGUCACAUCCACCUGAGUGAGCGGGUUGUGGUGGGCAAAGAUGGUAACUUAUAUUUUGCCCACCUAAAAAAGGAGGACAGCAGGAAUGACUAUACCUGCAAUGUCCAAUAUCUUGCAACUCGCACCAUCCUGGCAAAAGAGCCUGUGACUCUGACCGUCAACCCCUCCAACACAGUGCUGCGGAACAGGAGUCCCCUCAUGAUGAGACCUACCGGAAGACACAGCACUUACCAGGCACUCAGGGGCCAGACCAUAGAGCUCGAGUGCAUCAUCGAAGGCUAUCCAACUCCCAAAGUGCUGUGGGUUAGGAAGGACGGGGAACUGUCGGAAUCCCGCACCGACAAAGAGAUGUUUGACCGCCGUCUGCGCUUCACCAAUAUCUCUGAGAGCGAUGCAGGGGAGUACCAGUGUAUAGCUGACAAUUCCCAAGGGAGGAUCACACACACUUACACGGUGACAGUGGAAGCUGCUCCAUACUGGACCAAAGAGCCAGUCAGUCAGUUGUAUGCUCCAGGUGAGAAUGUCAGACUAGACUGCCAGGCAGAGGGCAUCCCUUCUCCAGCCAUCACCUGGAUGAUCAAUGGAAUCCCCCUCUCAUCGACUGACAAAGACCCCAGACGCACUCUAACAGCCAGCGGUUCUCUCAUCCUGAAAGACGUCAAUUUUGGAGACACUGCCAUCUACCAGUGCCAGGCCUCCAAUAAGCACGGAACUAUCCUCAUCAACACCAACGUUUAUGUCAUUGAGCUGCCUCCCCAGAUCCUUACUGAGGAUGGCAACACCUACACGGUUACUGAGGGCCAGAAGGUUUUGCUCGAAUGUGAAAGCUUUGGAUCUCCGAAACCAAAAGUCAUAUGGAACGGUGGCAGCGCCUCCACCCUUCUGGCGGAUUCCAGAAUGAACCCUCUCACCACUGGAGGGCUGGAGAUCUCCAAUAUCACACACGACGACGAGGGCUUCUACACUUGCACUGUGCAAAACACCAACUUGUCCAUUAGUGCAGAGCUGGAGGUGCUCAACAGGACAGUGAUCCUUUCACCUCCUCAGUCUCUGAAGGUGCAGCCUGGACAGACGGCUAUCUUCACUUGUCUUUCCCUCGUGGACCCCAAGCUCGCCUCUCCACUCAUUCAGUGGCGAAAGAACGACCACAAGCUGUUUGCAUCUGAAAGUGACGAAAAGUACACAUUCGAAGGACCGGACUUAAUUAUUGCUAAUGCAGAACCUGAAGAUGAAGGAAACUACACGUGUCAGGUCAUCACUAAUCUGGACAUGGCCGAAGCAACCGGCACACUCACUCUGUAUGAUCGUCCGGACCCUCCUGUCCUUCUGCAACUGACCCAACCUAAACAACGUACAGUCACCCUCAGCUGGACUCCUGGAGAUGAACACAAUAGCCCAGUCAUAGAGUAUGUGAUUGAGUUUGAGGAUCAGGGUUCAAAAUCAAACGAGAAGGGUUGGGAAGAGUUGAGCCGAGUAUCAGGGAACACAGAGCGUGCCAGUCUGUCUCUGUGGCCCUACAUGUCUUAUCGUUUCCGCAUUAUUGCCAUCAACGAAGUGGGGAAGAGCGAUCCCAGCAAAGCCUCGGAAAUCUACAACACAGCUGCUGAAGCACCAGACAAUAACCCUGAAGAUGUCAGGAGUGAGUCCAUUGACCCAGAUACACUUGUCAUCAUCUGGGAGGAAAUGGAUAAACGGAGCUUCAACGGGCCUGACUUCAAGUACCGCGUCCUGUGGAGGCGGGUGGUGGGCAGUGGGCCCAUCUGGCACACCAACUACACAACAGCGCCACCAUUUGUUGUCAAUGGAAUCGGCAACUUCUCUGCAUUUGAGAUCAAAGUGCAGGCUAUUAAUGAAAAGGGGGAGGGGCCUGAGCCGGACCCUGUUAUUGGCUACUCAGGAGAGAAUAUUCCACUGGAGGCCCCCAUGAAUGUAGAUGUGGUCCGACUGAACAGCACCGCUAUCAGGGUGACCUGGGCUGCUAUAGACAGAGAGACGGUCAGAGGUCACCUGCUUGGCUACAAGAUUCACUUGACCAGAGUCAGGUCUCUGAGCCACCACAGAGCUCGAAGGGAGCCGUCCAUCACCACCAUAGUGGUGACUGGGGCCAACGAGGAGAGGAAGGUUAUUGGCGAUCUCCAACCGUACUCCCACUACACCUUGACCGUCAGUGUGUUCAACAGUAAAGGGGAUGGCCCGCCUUGUGAGAUGCUGUCAUUCAACACUGCUGAGGGAGUUCCUCAUGCCCCAACAUCUCUGACGCUGGACAGUCCAUCUGAGACAGAAAUGACCCUGCGUUGGACACCACCGAGUCAACCCAAUGGAAUUCUAAUUGGAUACCUCCUGCAAUACCUACAGAUUGUAGAGAGUGAUGACAGCCCGAUGCAAGAGGAGAAAAUAAAUGACCCGAAAAUAAGCCACCUCACCUUGAAGGGCCUGGAUCGCCACAGCCACUACCGCUUCUUCCUGAGGGGGCGCACUGCUACCGGGGAUGGAGAGCCCAUCAUGAGGGAAGGUGCCACCACGCUGGAUGGAGCCCCCCCAGUCAACAUCAGCGUGUUUCCUGGUGAUAACUUUGCUAACAUCAGCUGGGUGGCCAAGAAGAGGCACAGGAAUGUUCGAUUCCAUAUCCACUAUCUAAGACAGAAUGAUGCUGAUAAAUGGAAGAAGACAGAAAAGGUGGACUCCUCCCAGUUCUUCUAUCAACUCCAGGACCUGAGACCUGGUUCCCAUUACCAUUUGCGCUUCACCCACAGCAACGUCACCUUCUUUCAGACUGAGAUUGACACACCAGGAACAGAAGUCACAGAGGUGCAGCCAAGCUUCGCAACCCAGGGAUGGUUCAUCGGCCUUGUGAGCGCCAUCGGGCUGCUGCUGCUCGUACUACUCAUCCUCUGCUUUGUCCGAAGGAACAAAGGGGGGAAGUAUUCAGUGAAAGAUAAAGAAGAAGGGCCAAUCGACUCGGAGGCCCGCCCCAUGAAGGACGAGACUUUCGGAGAGUACAGAGCUCUAGAAAGCGACCUGGAGGAGAAGCGCCUCGCCAGCCAGCCUUCGCUGUGUGAGGAGAGCAAGCUGUGCAGUGAGGACAACCUGGACUUCAAUGGAAGCAGUGUCCUGACCACCGAGAUCAACCUCGACGAGUCGCUGGCCAGCCAGUUCAGUCGGCCCAGCGAGAGCCGGGAAGUGCCGAACAACUCCCCGCUCAACCCCACCACUGUUUCCCCCUCCCCCAAUGGCCUCACCAACCAAGUCACCAUCCUUGAUUAGCUUCCGUGGAUCCGUGGAGGACCAUCAAAACAUGUCAACACAUACGUGCCCAUACACUCCUGUUCCCUGCUGAGUAGUUUGACGACUAACACGCAAUCAAUGUAUUGACAAUUCCCAUGUUUGUGGUGUCAUCUGAUGGACCGGACUGUUCUGACCAAAGUAGUGGACAAUGUGACCAACCUUGACACGGAGAAAUAAACUUUAACUCUCCCUGAUCCUUCUUCAUCUGUAUCGUGUGUAAGACUUUAUCCUUUGUCGUCUCAAACAGAAUGUCACGGAGUAGAAAUGACCCAAGGAGGCAGGCCACAGUAUAUAAUGUAGAGCAGCUUGAGAGUGAAGCAUGAUGGCACACGGACGACACAUCGUAGAUAUUCAUAUUCUUUUUGAUUUGAUGGUUUCCCACAAUGUAACUGCCAAUGAUGUGUUAAAACUGUGUUUGAACUUGCGUUUACUCCCAUUUUAUGAUUUCAUCACCAUUUCCAACACUUUGCAUAUAAAAAGGCCCGGUUCUUCUCUUCGUUGGCAUAUUUUAUAUAUAUCUGAAGCCAGGUUUGGUACCAUAAACAACACUGAAUGCAUUAAGGGGAGUAGCAUCUGGUGUAUAUAUUUGCAUCUAAGUGUAUCUACUGUAUCUAGCCAUAUUACAGUAUUAUAGCUCCUGGUCCUUACAAGUUCCUAUGCCUGCUGGCUUUUGCAUAGUGCACCAGAUUGCUGCCAUUACUUGCUCACCUUUCCACCACAAGUGUUAUGCCAUGAUUGGAAAUGAUGUUGUAAUUUUUUGUGUCAAGAUGUAGCUUGUCUUUGUCUCUCCCUACACUGUCGUGUCUUCAUACCUCUCCAUCGCACACGCCACCUCUUCUGAGGAAGAUUAUUUUGUGUAUACUCGCGGAUUAGAGGGGGUGGCUGAGCACUCCCGGUUUCCACUCACAUGAAUGCAGUAAAAUGAUUGACAGGCUUUGCAUCAUCAAGACAGACAGCCGAUACUGAAAUCCAAUACACACAAUGUAUGAUUUGGACGUUGUGCUGUAUUUACAGUUAAACAAUUAUUCCUAUCAUGACUGAAUUUUAUUGUUCAAGUGAUUUUUUAAAUCUUAUUCCUCCCUAAGAAAUGUCAAGACUGCUAUGAAGAAACCAAUCGUGGCAGAAUUAAAAUGUCUUCAAGCAAGCAUUUCUUCUUUGUGCUACACUACUUCGUUUGUUAUGGAAUUGUACAUUAUUGUCACUUAGUACUUACAUGAAUGCUUACUUCCAUGCCAUCCAAUGCACUGCAGUGAUGAAGUGACUAUCUGUGUUUUUUUGUGUGAUGCAGUCAAAAAAGCUUCCCAUAAGCCAAGCGUCACCCGACCAUCCCAGCAUUGUCUGCUUUGGUGGAAGCAACUCCUUCAUUUACAGACACACACAUACUGUACACAGUGGUGUCAUUAGGUCCCCCCAAAAUGUUCUUAAGCCCCCCCUAAAUAAUUGGAUAUUUUUUAUUGAUUUUUAUUUAAUUUUUUAUUGAUUUUAAAUUAUUUUUUACCAAAGAAAUCUCUGACAAAUGUCAUAAGCAGGCUAAGAAGCAAGCCAAUAAGCAGGCUAAUACUAAUGCUAAUGCUAAUACAAGUAAUAAUCAGAAGAAGAAGAAUGAUGAUAGUAAUAAUAAUAGGCUAAUGAAUAAUAUAAUAAUGAUUAUUUUCUAAUUAAUGACUGUCCACUGCACAGAAUGGUUGCAGAGCUUGAGCAGCGGUUUUGCAGUGUAGAUUGUGUGUACUUGUGUACAUUUAAUGGUGGCCUAAAACAAUUGAGUAUCUCUACUAAAUAUGUCCAAAAGUGGGAAAGUUAUAUCCCAUAUCUUAUAUUGUUUUAUGGAUAUUUUUAUUUAUUUUGUAUUUUUUUGAAUGUCUACUACAUUCAUUCAUAUCCUGUGCAUCUCCAGGGGGCUAAGCCCCCCCUGUCCUCAGAACCUAGUGACGCCCCUGCCUGUACAUGUACACGCUCAGGACGAAUAGUAUCAUCUGCUGUAUUCUCAUACAGGGAUGGAGAUGAGACGGAAUUAGCUGCUGCUAAACAUUAGUGUUUGUGUUCUUCUUGCAAAUGUGUUAGCUUUCCACUGCUCUGCUUUGACGUGUCAAGGGGAGCGUGUUUUUCUGUUGCUUUCCCGCCGUUUCUUUAUAGUUCAAAAAUAAAACCAAUGAAACAGUCCUAUAUUUGUUGCUGAUGAGAUAAGGUCACAAGCUUGGUGGGGGGGGCCUGUGGGUUGUAUGAAACGUAGGAAUUCAGCAUACAAGUCUAUAUACAGGGCCAAUGCAACUGUAAUUGCAUCAUCAAUCUAACAUUGUAUCUGGAUAUGACCUAACAAUAAUAAAUAUGUG